UCACAUGACUAUUGACGUCAUUCAUCAAAACAAUGUUAAUGUAAUGUGUGAGGGCUGAAGGAAAGGUAUGUUUUCAUGCUUUUACAAGGGUUCUCUCGUUUAAAUGUGGCUAUGUAUUGAUGAAAUAAUUCUUGGAUUACCAAAUUACUGAAAUGUUUCCUAAAUGUGACGAACAGAUGAAAAGAAGGACGGAAUCAGACAUUAGGUCUCAUAAAAACCAUCGGAUUAAUAUUUCAAGAUGGAGGUCGCACUUUCCACUUACUUAUUAUGUGAUUUUGUGCGUCAUGUUGAUCUUUCAGAAUAUGCUUACUGUCAGUUGUGAAAAUGCUAUUUAUACAGCUAAAGUCAAUGUAACUUACUACAAUAAUCCAAGUGACCCCCAAAUAUUAGUUGCCCAGAUGGGGGUGUUUGGUGAAGAUCCCAACUUGCCGUUGUCACAUGUAGAUACAGAGCCUGGACGCUUGGUACAUGUGCUUACCACCGAAAAUAAAACAGAUGCAUGCCAUUCAAUAGUAAACGCCCCUAAGAUACGCUGGGUGGCUUUAGUUGAAAGGGGGAUUUGCAAUCUGAGUGACAAAGUUAGUACCUGUUCCAAGGCUAAUGCAUCAGCAGCUAUCAUCUAUAAUAAUGCUGAACCAGAUCCUAAGGGAACUUCCUACAACCUCAAAGGUAAUAUAGUAGCAAUCUUUAUCAACAAAGAUGAUGGACAGAAGCUGUUGAAGAUACUAAGUACAUUCAAGGUGGUAAAUGUGAGGAUUUUAAAGGGACCUUUGCAGAAAAAACCCACCAGUCCAGAUACCACAAGUCCUACCAAUAUUAGCAAGACCUCUGUGAUGUUUGUUUCCAUCUCCUUUGUGGUUCUGAUGAUCAUUUCCUUGGCUUGGCUUGUCUUUUAUUACAUUCAGCGCUUCAGAUAUGCUCAUGCCAAAGAAAGACUCUCGAGACGUCUGGCCAGCGCUGCCAAAAAAGCCAUUGCCAAGAUUCCUCAGAGAACACUCAAGAUAGGAGACAAGGAAUUGGAUCCCGAAUUUGACCAGUGUGCAGUCUGUAUUGAAGGAUAUAAGACCUCUGAUGUUGUUAGAACAUUGCCAUGCAAACACAUUUUUCACAAGUCGUGUGUGGAUCCAUGGUUGUUAGAUCAGAGAAGCUGUCCAAUGUGUAAACUAGACAUAUUGAGGGCUUAUGGAAUGCAUGUAAGUCAUUUGAACAGCAGUCAAGAAACAGUACAUGCUGAGCCUGACAGCAAUGAUCUGACAGCUUCAGGGCUGGAAGGGGAUCCCAUCAUGUUAUCUUCAGAUGACCACCCUCACCAUGAUGGCGUGGAAGUUCUGUUGAUUCGUCAUCCAUCAGUACACUAUCAUGGGUCAGACACAUUCUGUGAUGAGGAAGGAGAGCAUGGGAGUCUCACUCAACCUCCCACCCCUACCGAAAGUUCGAGUUCAGCAAGGGUUUCAAAUUUUAUUGUUGCGUCCGUGAUAUCUUUUGAUGUUUACCUUCUUCUAAAGUCUCCACCAAAGGGCAAAAAAGAUGAAGAGGAGAGAGAUGAAGAGGAUUUUGAUGCCAAAAUUGAGGCAGACAGGGGAAACAGAUUUGAGUUCUUGCUCAAGCAGACAGAGUUGUUUGCCCAUUUCAUGCACACUGGUGGUGGAAAUACAGGAAGUGGUAAAACUCCAACAAGUCCACUGAAAAUGAAACCAGGGCGACCAACCAAGAUCAAAAAACAGGAUGAAAGAGCCAAGCUAGUAUCUGUGGGAGAUCAUCGCCAUAGACGGACAGAGCAGGAAGAAGAUGAAGAAUUGUUGUCAGAAAGCAAAAAGGCUAACUCCGCUUCAUUCAGAUUCGAGACAAACCCUUCAUAUAUCAAGUCUGGAGACAUGAGGGAUUAUCAGAUACGUGGGUUAAAUUGGAUGAUAUCCUUAUAUGAAAAUGGAAUUAAUGGCAUCCUGGCUGAUGAAAUGGGUCUGGGUAAAACUCUACAAACCAUAUCUCUACUUGGAUACAUGAAGCACUACAGGCACAUUCCUUCUCCUCAUCUGGUCAUCUGUCCCAAGUCCACACUGGCUAACUGGGAGACAGAGUUCGAACGCUGGUGUCCAUCAAUAAGGGCAGUCUGUCUGAUUGGAAAUCAAGAUGAAAGAACUGCCUUCAUCAGGGAUGUGAUGAUGCCUGGGGAAUGGGAUGUCUGUAUUACAUCUUAUGAAAUGUGCAUCAGAGAGAAAUCGGUGUUCAAGAAGUUUAAUUGGCGUUACGUUGUGAUUGAUGAAGCUCACAGAAUCAAGAAUGAAAAAUCAAAGCUGUCAGAAAUUGUCAGAGAAUUCAAAUCAACAAAUAGAUUACUAUUGACUGGAACACCUCUACAGAACAACCUACACGAGUUAUGGGCACUGCUGAACUUUCUUCUACCAGAUGUCUUCAACUCCUCAGAGGACUUUGACUCGUGGUUUAAUACAAACAGUUGUUUUGGUGACACAGCUUUAGUGGAAAGACUGCAUGCUGUACUGAGACCUUUCCUUUUAAGACGUAUUAAAUCUGACGUGGAGAAAGCUCUCUUGCCCAAAAAGGAAAUCAAGAUCUUUGUUGGUCUCAGUAAAAUGCAGAGGGAAUGGUACACGAGGAUUCUGAUGAAAGAUAUCGAUGUAGUCAAUGGAGCUGGAAAAUCGGAUAAAAUGAGACUGCUGAACAUCCUGAUGCAGCUUAGGAAGUGUGCCAACCACCCUUACCUGUUUGACGGAGCAGAACCAGGUCCUCCAUACACCACUGACAAACAUCUCUAUGAAAACAGCGGUAAAAUGGCCAUCCUGGACAAACUCCUGCCAAAACUUCAGGCCCAGGAUUCUAGAGUCCUGAUCUUCAGUCAGAUGACAAGGAUGUUGGACAUUCUGGAGGAUUACUGCCACUGGAAGCAAUAUAACUACUGUCGACUGGACGGUCAGACGCCUCACGUGGACAGGACGAAUUUCAUUAAUGAAUUCAACAUGCCGAACAGUUCCAAAUUUGUCUUUAUGCUCAGCACAAGAGCUGGAGGGUUAGGUAUUAAUCUGGCAACAGCAGACAUCGUCAUCAUCUAUGACUCAGACUGGAAUCCACAGGUUGAUUUACAGGCCAUGGAUCGUGCCCAUCGUAUUGGUCAGAAGAAACAGGUGAUGGUAUAUCGGUUUAUUACAGAAAACACUGUUGAAGAAAGAAUUGUGGAAAAGGCAGAAACAAAGCUGCGGUUGGAUAACAUUGUCAUUCAACAAGGCCGAUUGGUAGAUCCAAAUACAAACAAGCUUGGUAAAGACGAAGUGUUGAGCAUGAUCCGACACGGUGCCAGUCAUGUGUUUGCCUCCAAAGACAGCGAAAUCACAGAAGAAGACAUUGAUCACAUUGUUGAGAAUGGAGAGAAGCGGACAGAAGAAAUGAAGGCCAAAUAUGACAAUCUAGGUGAAAGUUCUCUCCGGUCAUUCACCAUGGAUACAGCAGAAGGUGGCAGUGUGUACCAAUUUGAAGGCCAAGAUUACAGAGAAAAACACAAGGGUGUAGGUCUCUGGAUCGAGCCACCCAAGCGAGAAAGGAAAGCCAAUUAUGCUGUGGAUGCUUACUUCCGGGAGGCUCUACGCGUCAGCGAACCUAAAGCUCCCAAGGCUCCAAGACCUCCAAAACAGCCAAAUGUACAAGAUUUCCAGUUUUUCCCUCCACGUUUGUUUGAAUUACUUGACAAAGAAAUCUAUUACUUCAGAAAGUCUAUAGGGUACAGGGUGCCUAAGAAUACUGACCUUGGUGCUGAUGCUGAGAGAGUGAGGAAAGAGGAACAAAGUAAGAUUGACGAAGCAGAGAUUUUGACAGAGGAGGAGUUAACAGAAAAGGAAGAGCUUCUCAAAGAGGGAUUUACGAACUGGAGUAAAAGAGACUUCAAUCAGUUCAUCAAAGCCAAUGAGAAGUACGGUCGGGAUGACUUGGAUAGCAUUGCCCGAGAUGUAGAAGGGAAAACACCAGAGGAAGUUAUGGAAUACUCGGGUGUGUUUUGGGAUCGAUGUAACGAACUGACUGACAUCGAGAAAAUCAUGGCUCAGAUCGAGCGUGGGGAAGCCAAGAUUCAACGCAGGAUCAGCAUAAAAAAAGCAUUAGAUGCCAAGAUGGCCCGAUACAGAGCUCCAUUCCACCAGCUAAGAAUUCAGUAUGGCACAAACAAAGGCAAGAAUUACACGGAAGAGGAAGACCGGUUCCUGAUCUGUAUGCUACACAAGCUUGGCUUUGACAAGGAGAAUGUGUACGAUGAACUGAGGACGUCUGUACGACAAGCACCGCAGUUCAGAUUCGACUGGUUCAUCAAGUCUAGAACAGCGAUGGAGUUGCAAAGGAGGUGCAAUACUUUAAUUACACUCAUAGAAAGAGAAAACAUGGAGCUCGAGGAGAAGGAAAAGGCAGAAAAAAGGCGACGAGGAAAAUCUGGCACUCCCAAAGGACAGAAAAGAAAGGCUGAUGCCAUGGACAAUAGGGGUCGACCGAAGAAGAAAAAGUGAAUCUCUUAGAGGUACAUGUACACCGAACACUGGACCAAAAUUACAGCAACCAUUUGUGAUGUAUCUACAUUUUUCAAGACAAUUGUGGAUAGAUGAAAACUGCAAUACAAAAGUGAUGAGUCAUUCAAGACCGGACGACAUUCAUUUGGAAGUUCGUGCAUGUUUUGCAUACUUUUUAUUAAGUUUUACCUGCAUUUGUACUGUUGUGCAUGUUGUCAGUGAUGUAAAGUGGUACUUUAAAGAUGUUUUAAGUACAGCAUACAAUGUAGAUUAGAAUACCUCAGAGAAUCUAGAAAUCGUCUUUUUCUCAUAAAUCUUCCUCAUUUCAUUUCCCAUAGAACAGAAUGUCAUUUCAUUAAAAGUUUGAAAACAG